AAAACAAAAGCAAAAGGGGCAGAUCAUAAUGGAGACAAGCAGGGAGAUGCUCAUUACAGCUCAGAUAGCACUGAUCCCGGCCCAUCUUCAAGGCAUUCUGAUGCAUCAAACAAAGAAGAGAGACAGAAACAGGAGAAGCAGAGGGACCCUGAGGAUACCACUCCAAGGGAGAAAACAAAUGCAAGGAAGAGUCUUUUUGCCAUGGUGACCGAAAAUGAAAAUCAGGAUGCAGACGAAGUUCCGCUACCUGUGCAGGGAACUUCUCAUGAUACAUCAUGUGAUCGAUCAUCGAGUGAAGGCGAAUUAAGCGAAUCCUUAUUGAGUUCACAACCUGUGUUACUUCAUCCAGUGUCUUUACGUGACUUGAAGAAAAAGCAAAGGAAGAAGAGAGCUUCGAACGUGGAAGCAAGUUCUCAGGAAGAUAUUAGCUCACAAGACCAGAGGAUGUUAUUUCAGAUGUGGUCACUUUCCAGUCUUUCUCAAGAUUCCAGCUUAAACAUUGCCAGUCAACAUAAUGAGGGGUUGAAUGAUGGAGACACAGCAGCUGAGCAGAAUGCUAUUCCUGUCAGUACAGAUGGUACCUCCACAGACGAUUCUAUUAAAAAGAAAAAGCCAGUGGAUAACAAUUUAGCUGAGGGCCCCGAAUGCUCUGCUCGUGUAGAAAACAUAUCAACAUCACAGAGUGAAAAUUGCUAUAAUGAAACAAACCCAUGCAGUACAAUCUCACCCAAUGCACAAGGCAUAUCAGUGGUACAAAGCAGAAAUUCCCCUGAUGUGAAGAGCAUUAGAAUGACACAACCUACAAGCUCAUCUAAGGGAGACCUACAGUCCAACAAGCAGUGUGUUGGGGGCUCCCAUCAUGAAGGUGUAGCACGGCCUGUGGGACCACCUGCCGUGUCCCUGGAGCAAUCUAUGGGUACUGGAGUAGAAGAUACGCAAUCAGCAGAGUCAAGCUUGAACAUUCUGGGAAUGAAUAGCAGUCCUUUAGUGGAGGACAUAUCAGCAGAGCAAUCCCUGGACUUUUCUAGAGCAAAUAACAGGUCAAAAGAACAACCUAAAUGUUUCCCUGAAGGGAACUGCACAUCGCCACAGAAGGCUCUGCUUAAUCUUGAUAUAAAAAGCAUAGAAGUACCACAGGUGAUGCAGGCACCAUGCACCUCGCAAAGUGCAGACUCUUUCCCACCAGCGGCACAGUGCAGUAAUACAGCUGUGGCACAAAGUACAAGGUCUCCCAGGACUAAAGACACAACUGCGGCACAGAGCAGCUGCUUCUCCAAUAUAAGGAACACAACUGCGGCACAACAUGCAAACUCAUCCCAAGUCCAUAGGCCGUUAGUGGGAGAGUGUCCAAGUUCUCCUAGUGGACCAAGGGCUCCUGCUACUUCUGAUUUAGUAACACCAGAAAAUGACUCUCAUCCAUCAAAUUCUGUACCAAGCGGAGGUUCUGAAGUCAGUGCAGUUUUAUGUGAUACUGAGAACCGAAAUGGGCCAUUUGCAGGCACUGAUACCUCUACAAAAGUUGCAAUAUUACAAGAAUAUAAACGUAUGAGAGAUCAGAUGUUUAAAGGAGACCUAAAAGAAGAUGAUGCCAAACGCUUCUGGAAUAAAAUCCACACACAGGACCACAGACUCUUGCUGGAGAACAUUGAGAACUCUGUAAAAUCUGUCAGCAAUAAAAUCCUUAGUGGAGAGGCUGAAAAUCAAGAUUACGAGGAAGCAUUUAGAUAUCUGUGGGGAAGCCGGUGCAUUGAAAGUGCAGUUUUACAAGAAAUGCAAGCAAUCGAAGGGGAAAUCCAGGCUCUUGACGAAACUAAAGAAAGACUGCAAAAAAAGUACAAAGAUUGGUCAGAAUUAUUGGGAACAGGAAACUGAUACAGAAGAAACCUAACCCAUCCAUAGAGCAUUGGUAGAGACACAGCUGAAGUCAAUCACUAAGUUCUACUCUUCUUGUGAGGACACCAAACAAGCAGAUUUUUUUUAGCUGAUAUUAGCCACCAACAUUCUGGGCUACACAGUAUUAGGUCCCAGGCCAACAACUGGAUCGUAUUGGGGGUCUAGGGAGAUGUUUAUAUCAAUGCAAUACAGUCCUCUGAGGAUUUUUUUAACUUGCCUUUUUUGACAUAUCCAGGGCCGGAGCCUAGGGCACAACACUGCUGGUCACUGUGCUCCCGCCGGAGAUGGUGGGGUAGUCAGUCAAGCAGGCCGAUAGGCAGAUUUUACCAGCUUGUGUAUGGACACCAUUACCCCGGUACUAGUCAGUCUGCACAGAACAGCUCUCCUAUACUCAGGCAUGGACCAAAGUACUUAACAUAUUUGGAGUUGUUUUUACCUCCUACAUUUUAUACAUCAGGCAUUAAAUAGCUCAAAAUAUAUUUUAGAAUUUAAUCAUUUUAACAUUGCUAAUGGCAUGUUGCUAUGGAAGGAGUUUCAAUGGCAGUACCACAAGCCAGUAAGCCCAACAUCUAAUUAACUUCAGAAGAAGGCAGCAUCCCCACGCUCUGAUGUAAAAAGGAAAAUCUGGUGCAUAUCCUCUAUGGAAACUCAAAGUGAUGUUACAAUGUAAAAUAGAUAAAUAUGAAGCAUCUUGGUCCCCGUGGACAUCUUGGUGUGAAAAUCAAGAAAACUUAACCCAAUCAGGAACUAGCCGUCAGGGCACCUGACUAUUAACCCAAAUUGACUAUACUGGAUAACCAGUGGACAGCCACAAUAUACGCACAUGCAUUUUAAAAUGUCUAUGUAAGAACAAAACCAUAGCGAGAGCCUCUUUAACUUAAUCCCCCGCCCUGUCGUUCUUCUCUUCUACACAGUUUUGGUUAUAAAAUGGUUAAACUUUUAAAUAACUGGGGUUGUGGCACUUUUUUUUCUUAAAAAGGUGAAUUUUUAUUUUGUUUAAUAUAUAUUAAUCUAAAAAAAAAAAACAAACCAUGCUAUACAACUGGUUGCGGUGAAUCAAUAACAAUGUUGCAAUAUGGUGACAUUACCGGUACAAUAUUUGCUAGGGUGAUCUAUUAUUGGUGGCAGGUACGCAUGUCAGAGAGGUACAGUAUUGUAGCUAGUAUUAGCCUGCAUUAGAGGUUACAAGCCCAAGGGGUCAGGGUUACACCAGUCUGCCCAUACUCUCAAUAUUAUGGUCACUUUAUUGACGACAUUAUAUGGUCAGGAACAUCUCAAUUUAAUGAAUUCCUCACCAUUUUAAACACAAACACAUAUAACUUUAAAUUUACCUUUGAGUUAAAUCAUAAUCAUCUUAACUAUCUUGACAUAACCAUGUCUACUGAAAAUGAACACAUCACUACCAUCUUCGGAAAAGAAUGUUCAGCCAAUACUAUCCUAAAUGCUAAAUCUAGUCAUCCUAAACAUUUGAUUCAUAAUAUACCAUUUAGUCAAUUUCUACAUUUACAACGAAUUUGCUCAAAAGAAGAAGAUUUUUAAAUAGAUCUUUAGCUUUUUCUAUAAAGUCUUAGAGAGAGGGUGCUGAAAAAGUAAAUACAAAUGAUACAAAUGAUACAACAUCACAGUCAAAAGAUAUUUCUACCAUCUUAUCUUGUAUUCUUACAUAUAGUCCUCAGUAUGAUGCGAUUAAGAGAAUUAUAGAUAAGAGCCUAGUUAUCCUUAAGACUGAUCCGACACUAGACAAAAUUAACACAUCAGUGACUAGGCAUUUUCAUGAAUGCUCCAAUAGAUCAUUGUCUAACCUUUCAGUUCUAGGCAUUGAUAGAAUUAUCCCAAGUCCUAGAGGAGGCAAUAUUACCAAUUCCCUAAUUGAAAAAAACUAAAAUGGAUUUCUUACCUAAACACACAAACAAACCUGAAGGUUUAAAUUACAGCUACAAUGUAUCUUGCUAUGUAUAGUUAAUGAAACUGAUGUGUCUUGGAGAACUCAUGUAGCAUGACUAUUAUAUUCUUUAUGGAUACUCCACAUACACAUCCUUUCAAAUCUGGAUUGAUUGCUUUUUACAUGAUUUAAGAAUAUGUACUCAAAUAAUUAUAUAGCUUAAAAUAAACCCUAUUCAUAUGUUUCUUCUAUAUAGUGCUAGCUCUAUAAUGGAUAAUUACUACACAAUGAUUUAAGAAGUUAAAUAAUAAAACAAGGAAUAAAUAAGCCAAGAACAAAGCUCAAACUAAAGACAUAAAACAUUUUGUAUAUACUAUUCUAUGGAGAUCCCUAAACUACAUUGCUUUAACACCCGUGCUUUCUUUCUCACAACCACAACUGUCACUUAGUUAACUUUGAUUAACAAUACAUUGUGAUUGGUUGAAUUUUUCCUUUAAAGCCAUUGGCUCAUUUUGCUUUAAAUACCUAUUGUUUGCAGAUUGUAAUGCAGCCUAUGAUUAAAUACCAUGUAGGUACAAAACAUGUAAGGCUUUGUAGCACUGUUAGUUUAAAUAAACUAUUUUUACUUCA